GAUCGCACAGCUCAGCAUUUCCCUGGGGCGCCUUAAAUCCAUUUUCCCACGCGAGUGUCAAAAAGGAUCUCGCAAGUCAGGGUGUAAGAAACUUCUUGCGCCCCGUUUCCUAGCGAAGGGAGAGAGGAGGCAAGCUUGAGAUCCCAGUAGCUCUCUAUCUAGUUAUUCCAUUCAUUCAUGUUCUUGCGUCCGUGUUCUUUCCACUCGGAUUCCGUCCGUGCUCCUAGAAUUCCGUUCAUCGUUCUCAGGAUUAAACAGUGACCGCGCGUUCAAGCUUUCAGAGCGAAACCCGGAUCCCACCUAGAAUUUGUCUAAUCCUAGUAUCUCGGCGGCACGUACUACUGGUGCAGCUGGCGACGUGCCCGACUAAUCAGCACUCCUACAUACGCUUUCGUGCGCGGGAGCGUGCGUGCGCGUGUAUCUCCACCGCUCCUGCCCGCUCACGCACCAACCCACGCCUCAGUUCUGGCCCCAGCAACACCACGUGACAACCACAUGCCUAGUAUGCGGAAGCCUGGUGCCGUGGCAGCCAUGUCCCCCGCUAUGGGCGACCCCGAAUACUCCCCGGCGGCCUCCCGCCAGAGCCUCAUGGCCGACGACGCGCAGCUUAGUCGCAGCUACUCGGGUUACCAGAACAUCGCCGUCGCCACGCCGCCGCAACCGCCUGAUGCGCCGUCGCCGCACACGGCGGUGAACGUGAAGGUUGAGCCAAUGGUGCUGUCCUUUCAUAACGUUUCGUACACUGUCGUCAAUAAGCGCACCCCAGGCGCGAAGAAGAUUAAACCCGCCGCCCCCGCCGCCGGCGGAGGCGGGAACGACGCGCGGUUCGAGUCGCUGAACUCAGACGACGAAGGGGGAAUGGACAUGGGCGGCGCGGGUGACGUGUCGCCGGAGCCGCAGUCGUUAUCGGAGCAAGGCCUGACUGUAAAGAAGAAAAAAGUGUACCGCACGAUUCUGAAGGACAUUUCCGGGUUCGCACGGUCGCAGGAGGUGCUUGCGAUCAUGGGGUCGUCGGGAUCGGGGAAAACGACGCUGCUGGACGUGCUCGCGCAUCGCAUAGCGGAGGCGAAGCCGUCGCGCUUGUCGCAGAAGGAGGGCGGCAAGGUGAAGAGCGGUCGCACGGGCAACGUGGAGCUGAACGGCGUGUCGAUGUCGGGCAGCAUCAUGCGACGCAUCUCGGCGUAUGUCAUGCAGGACGAUCUGAUGCACGCGACGCUGACGGCGCGCGAGACGCUGAUGUUUUCCGCGGAGAUGAAUCUGCCGAGCGAGACGUUUUCGCAAAAGGAGAAGCAGGAGCGCGUGGAGCGGUUGCUCGAGCUGCUGGGGCUGCAGCACGCCGCGAACACGAUUAUUGGCGACGAGGACCGGCGAGGCGUGUCGGGGGGCGAGCGCAAGCGCGUGGCGAUCGGCGCGCAGAUCGUGCACGACCCGAAGAUCCUCUUCCUGGACGAGCCCACGUCCGGCCUCGAUUCCUCCAACGCGUACCGCGUGGUGAAGAUCUGCAAGGACAUCGCCGUGGAGUCGCGCAGCAUCGUCAUCAUGGUCAUCCACCAGCCGUCGUUCCGCGUGCUUGAGCUCCUAGACCAGCUGCUCCUCAUGGCGACGGGAAAUACUAUUUUCUUCGGCCCGCCGCCAGAGCUGCCGGCGUUUUUCGACUCGUUCGGGACGCCCGUUCCGCAGUUUGCCAACCCGACGGAGUUUGGACUCGAGCUGCUAGACCAGCUCGCGAACACUGAUACGGGACUGAGUGAGUUAGUCGCCUACGCGGACGAGUACCACCGCGGGAAGGACCUCACCGGCGGCCGCGGCGGAAGGGGAGGGGGGAUGGGCGCGCUUCCGCCGAUCCCCGACGACGGGUCCGCGGCGGCGUCGCCCGUGAGCGCGUGCGACGUGGUUCCGGAGGACUCGCCGGCGGCGGCGAAAGCGGCGGCGGCGGCGGCGGUGGUGGCGUCGAACCACAAGGGGACGAGGCAGUACGCGAACAGCUGGUUCCGCGAGCUGUGCGUGCUGACGGCGCGCUCCGCGCUGAUGAUUCGGCGCAACCCCGCGCUGUACGCGCUGCGGCUGGCGCUGCUAGCGGUCGCGGGGUUCAUGCUCGCGACGCUGUUCUACCGCCCGGACUACGACCCCACGGGUCUGUUGGAGCGCCUGGCGUUCCUGUCGUUCAUCGUGGCCGUGCUCUUCUUCUGCUCCGCCGACGCCACGCCUAUCUUCAUCUCGGAGCGGCACAUAUUCAUACGAGAGACCUCCCAUAACACGUACCGGUCGUCAACGUACGUGAUCGCGACGACGGUGGUGUACCUGCCGCUCUACUUCAUGAUGGCGCUCAUCAUCACGCUCGAGUCGUGGUGGUGCGUCGGCCUCACGGGCGGCUUCUCGGGCAUCUGCUUCUUCUGCCUCAUGUGCUUCACAUGCCUCUUCACCGGGAACGCUAUCGCUACUCUCUGCUCGUCGUUCUUUACCAACGUCAUCCUCGCCUACGCCAUGGUGAUCUCGCUGAUGGCGUACUUCACGCUGGUGUGCGGGUUCUACAUCCAGCGCACGUCCAUCCCCAAGUUCUGGAUCUGGCUGCACUACAUCUCGCCCAUGAAGUACGCCUACGAGGGACUCGCGCUCAACGAGUUCGACAGGGAGGACGGCGCGUGCUACCUGACAGUUGAGCAGAUCUUCACGGUGAAGCCCUUCAACGAGUACGUGAACGCGACCAAGGCCAAGUCCGCCAUGGACGUGUUCAUCCCCACGCUCGCAACGAACGCCACUGCUGGGCUGAACGAAACGAGCUGCAUCCUAUACGGCCCGCGCAUCGCGCACGGGUUCCUGGAGAUCAACGAGCUGGGCAAGUGGGAGUGCCUGGCGGUGCUGUUCGGGCUCGCGAUGUUCAUCCGCGUGUGCUACUUCUUUGUUCUGACGUCGAUCUACAAGGAGAAGAGGAAGUAGAUAGAGGAGGGGAGGGAGGGGAGGGGAGGGGGGGGGAGGAGCAGGAAGGAGGAAGGAGUCGCAGUCAAGACAGUCGGUAACGGCUUUUUCAGUGGUGCGCUGCUGUUCAAGCUCUCCACCGACCCGGUGCUAUGCCCGCCCUCUACCCCCGAUACAGCUGUGCCGUAUUUAUGAAGCCGCCGUGUGCGUAUGCCGCACCCAGGAGCACAUUCCAGAAAACACCCAUACAGAGUUACUCAGUGACUGGAUUGCCCUAGCUGUCCACUUGGUCCAGAAGCAGCAGCAGCAGCAGCAGCAGCAACGGCAGCAGCAACAGUGUGGCCGCGGCAGCAGCAGCAGCGGCAGCAGCAACAGUGUGGCCGCGGCAGCAGCAGCAGCGGCAGCAGCAACAGUGUGGCAGCGGCAGCAGCAGCAGCAGAUGGUAGUGAUGUUUCAAAUAACUGGUGGCCGGGUGCAUUGCUGCCCUUCGCAGCUGCACAGGGCUCAUCCCCACAUCCUUGCAUGGUUCCCCCCGUCCAGUCUUUAUUCUCACUCAAUCCUGAUCUAAUCACUCUACUGUAGGCUAAGGAGAGAGAGGGGUGUGAUGAUGCCCCUGAUGUUUCUAGGGUAGGUUUCUAUGGGUUGGGCAUGUGUGCCUAGAGGUUCGCCUAGAGACCCAUCUGCACAUGUUUUAGUGCAGUUGGGUGGCGAAUAAUGGUGCGUCUAUCUUUGACACCUUUGAUAGGAUAGAAACAAGGCGCAUUUGCCAGAUGCUUUUUUAUGAUUCUGUGCUUCUCUUGAUUGAAUGUGCCAUGUAC